AUGACCUCACAAAUUGAGCCUGCGCUCAGAGAUCUGAUUUCGACAUUCAACGAACUCAACAGUUCCACCAUCGAGGAGCUUGAUUCGGAACCCAGUCCCUUGGAGUUUAUGCGUUUUGUCUCUAGAAAUUCGCCUUUCGUGAUACGGGGAGCGGCAUCAUCGUGGAAAGCUACAAGGGAAUGGACCUCGACAUACCUCAGAUCAGCCCUAGCUGGGCAGACUGUCAAUGUUGCCGUUACCCCUCACGGCAAUGCCGAUGCGCCUACGUAUUCGCCAAAAGAUGGAGUGACCGUUCUAGCAAAGCCUCACGAGGAAUCUCAAAUGUUUGAUGAUUUCCUUACAUACCUUACGCAGCAGGAAAUGGACAAAACUUUCCCGGAGGAUUCAGAGGUGUGGUAUGCACAAACACAAAAUGACAAUUUUAGAGACGAGUACUCUUGCUUGUUCCCAGACGCCCAGAAAGACAUUCCAUUCGCCCGCAUCGCACUUCAGAGGGGUCCUGACGCAGUAAAUUUGUGGAUAGGAAACUCCCGGUCUGUAACAGCAACUCAUAAAGAUAACUUUGAGAACAUAUUUGUGCAAGUAAUUGGCAGAAAACACUUCGUCCUGUUACCGCCAGUCUGUCAUCCUUGCAUGAAUGAGGCUUUGCUUACUCCGGCUACCUAUGUGCGCGACGAGACGGGCCUCUCUAUUCGCGUUGAUGAAGGGGCGGACCUCGUCCCUUUUGUGACUUGGGACCCAGACGAUCCGCAGACAAAUUCUACUGCCUUCUCUAGAUUUGCAAAACCUAUGCGAGUUACUCUUAACCCCGGAGACAUGUUGUAUCUACCAGCCAUGUGGUACGACAUGGAGUUCAGUGGACCAACCUACCCCAUGGCCGCUCUUGUUCAGGCCCUGGCAAACGGUAUACUUCGCAAAACAAAGGACGAGGACUGA